GAAGAAAGGACGCAAGGUUGGUGAUGUCGUUUGCCCUGCGACACAAACACCGUGCUUGUAGCAUGUAGCAGCAGUUUCAAGCUACUUUACUGGAUUUUUUUUUCGCCGGGGGAUUGAAACGAUUAUGCAAGGACCGCCGAUGACUCUGUGACGAUGUGACAGCCAGCCGUGUCUCGGUGCUGUGUUGUGGAGCAGUGCAUGUCCCGGCCGCAGGACGUGGAGGAGGGCAGGCGGAGGCUCUGAGUCGGUGUCCGGGAUGGAGACCUGGACCCCCAACCCCCGAGCCAAGCCCUUCAUCCCGCGCCAACAAAGGAGCCUGUACCUCACCUGGAAAUACAAACUGACCAACAAGAGGACGAUUCGUCGGUUCUGUCAGGCUGGUGCUGUGUUGUUUCUGCUGAUAACUGUUAUAGUCAACAUUAAACUCAUCUUGGACACAAGAAGAGUAGCUAAUGAAGAUGCAGCAGCCCAAGAAUAUGAGGAUGCAGUACCCAACAUGGAGACACCACGCAGGCCGGCUAAUGGACGCAAGGUCCUGGACAUUGAGGUGUACUCCAGCCGCUCUAAGGUCUACGUGGCAGUGGAUGGAACCACUGUUUUGGAGGAUGACAUGCGGGAGCAAGGCAGAGGCAUCCAUGUGAUAGUUCUCAACCAGGCAACUGGUCAUGUCAUGGCCAAGAGGAUAUUUGACACUUACUCCCCCCAUGAGGAUGAAGCCAUGAUCCUCUUCCUCAACAUGGUGACCCGGGGUCGAGUCCUCAUCUUUACCAUAAAGGAUGAAGGCACGUUCCACCUUAAGGAUGCUGCCAAGAACCUGCUGAAAAGUCUCGGCAGCCAGGUGUCCCUCAACCUCAGCUGGAGGGACAUGUGGACUCUGGUGGUGAAGAAAGGAGGUCAGGUGUAUGGAGAGAAGCACUCAAAGUCUCCAGCUCUGUCCACAUGGGGAGACCCAGUGCUGCUGAAGACUGAGGUACAGCUCACAGCUUCUGAAGAGGCAGAGUGCCACUGGGCAGACACCGAACUCAACAGGAGGAGGAAGCUCUUCUGCAGCAAAGUGGAAGGAUACGGCAGCAUCUGCAGCUGCAAGGACCCAGCCCCCAUAGAGUUCAAUCCUGACCCUCUCCCCAACAAUAACGUCCUCAACGUCCCAGUGGCUGUCAUUGCAGGGAACAGACCAAACUAUCUCUACCGAAUGCUGAGGUCACUUCUUUCAGCUCAUGGUGUCAACCCGCAGAUGAUCACUGUCUUCAUUGAUGGAUAUUAUGAGGAGCCUAUGGAUGUUGUGGAGCUGUUUGGCCUGAAAGGAGUUCAACACACACCCAUCAGCAUCAAGAAUGCCAGAGUGUCCCAGCACUAUAAAGCGAGUCUGACUGCAACCUUCAACCUUCACCCAGAUGCCAAUUUUGCCAUCGUCCUGGAAGAAGACCUGGAUAUCUCCAUUGACUUCUUCAGUUUUCUGAGUCAGACCAUCCACCUGUUGGAUGAGGACGACAGUCUGUACUGUAUCUCAGCCUGGAAUGACCAGGGCUAUGAGCACACUGCAGAGGACCCAGCCCUGCUCUACAGAGUGGAGAGUAUGCCUGGCCUGGGCUGGGUGCUGAAGAAGAGCCUCUACAAAGACGAACUGGAGCCAAAAUGGCCGACACCUGAGAAGCUGUGGGACUGGGAUAUGUGGAUGCGAAUGCCGGAGCAGAGGAAGGGCAGAGAAUGCAUCAUCCCUGACGUGUCCCGCUCUUACCACUUUGGCAUCAUCGGCCUCAACAUGAAUGGAUAUUUCCAUGAGGUGUAUUUCAAGAAACACAAAUUCAACACUGUUCCCAAUGUGCAGCUGAAGAAUGUUGACAGCCUGAAGAAAGAUGCUUAUGAAGUGGAAAUCCAAAAUCUGUUGAAGGAGGCUGAGGUGCUGGACCACACUAAGAACCCAUGUGAGGACUCGUUCCUGCCAGACUCUGAGGGGAAGAUCUACGUCAUGUUUAUUAAGAUGGAAACAGAGACAGACACAUCCACCUGGACCGAGCUCGCAAAGUGCCUGCAUGUUUGGGACCUGGAUGUUCGAGGAUACCACAAAGGCCUGUGGAGGCUGUUCAGGAAAAGGAAUCAUGUCCUGGUGGUGGCCGUGCCGAUCUCUCCAUAUUCUGUGAAGAAACCAGCCAGUGUCACGCCCAUUCACUUAGAGCCUCCACCCAAAGAAGAGGGAGCACCGGUGGAACAGAUGUAGACCUGAUGUUACACUGACACAAACACACACACAAACACACACUCUUGAACCAACCCGGGCCUUAACUCUUCUUCACCUUUCUCCACCAAACCACUAAAAGUCCAGCCUGGGACCCACAACUACAAAACUGACUUUUCCUAGAUGUUGAACUUGUGCCCAAUAGGAUACCUGGGAAAUGAAGUCCUACUGUUUUUUUUCCCCUUUUUUUUAAACAAAGGAGGGAUUAACACUACACACUGCACUACUAAAGCCGUCCAGUGGCUUGAGAUGGAACGGUGAUGCUGAACCAGUUUUGGUUAAACGUGACUGUACAACCAAAACAGCAUAUGACAGACUACAUUUUCUGUUUCCGUGACAACUGUGGGAAGAGCUGCAGUCUGUUUAAUUUCAAUUCAAGCUGUAACUUUUCAACAACAAUGGUACAAAUGACACAAACACUCUCUGACCAGUUUUUCUUUUUUUCACUACUGAGUGCUUUGUCCAUCUUGUACAUAUGUUUUAACUUAUCUCUAUUUAUUUUGCAUCUCUCAGUCAAAAUGAGUUUAGUGUUUUUUUUUAAAAAAAAUCCUCUUUUAUCAAGAUCAGUGCGUUUUUUAAGAGCCUAACGUUUACAGAUAAUGAAAUAAUAAUGUAUAUACAUGCCUAUAUAUUUUUUGAUGAAAAAUUUAAAGGGUCAGCAUAUUUUUCAGCAUUAGAUAUUGAGUUUGAGUGAAAGAGUUGAUAACAGCCCUGUGGGUUUUUACUAUUAUUGACUGCUUAGGUCAGUUGCCUCGGGUCAAGCUUCAUGAGGGAAACUCAACGGUGGUUAAGAGACAGGAACAUUAGAAAACAUUCACAGCUUUAACACCAUAUAUUGCAGUUAGAAACAUAGCAAAAACAGAAAUGCUGUGAUCCAUUAUGUGUACCCUGUGUGUAGAAAAAUGACUUAUUGUUUGACAUCUACAAGGGCUGGGUGUUCUGAAAGGUAUUUGGUACCAAAAUCUGUAUAAAUCUCCUAUCAAGCCAACAUUACACCACCCUGCAUUUACACUACAAGGAAAAAAAGAUUUUAUUUUUGAAUUGAUUGAAUAUUAUUGUGGCUUUACCAAAAUAUAAUUGUAUUUUUGCUGCUCAGUUAUUUGCUUUAUGUGUAGAAAACUAACUUUCAGGGAGUCUUGCACGGUGAACGGAUACAUCUUUCUAGAUGCAACAUGUGUUAAAUCUGUGAGUUGUUUUUCUGAAUUGGGUGCUUUCUUUGGUGUGUGUGUGUAUUGUGGUCUCUCUCAGCCAACACAGAAGCUGGAGGCUCCAACACUUGAACAGUACAUGGCGACAUAAGCCAGGUUAUACACUCUCAUCUAGAUAGAAUACAGAACGCCCAUGUGGGUGUGUGCAGCCUUCAGAUAACUAUCAGAGUUACCACAUCACAGAAGAGACAGACAGAUAUUAAAGGGUCCUCAUGUAUUUUAUGACUUAAAAACAGCUCUGACCAGAAAACAGCAGCAGUGUUAACUCAUCUUUGUAACAGGUAUUGGUUCUGUUAUUUGCCUUAUUCUUUUGUCAUGGCCUUCAUCUGUGGUGGAAAUGUUGGGUGGUAUAUCACGGGCCAGUUGUCAACAACCAAAUUCAUACUCCAAGCUGAACUAAACAUUUCAAAUCUGUCGGCGUGAUCACAAUUGCUGCUAUUUAUUAGGUCCAUCAUCUCAAGAUCAUAACUUAAGUAUACUGCAAUACAACAAGCAUUUUUUUCUUUGUUAUUUAGACACCUAAGAUAACAGUCAUCUAGUUAUCUGGAAUGAGCGAUCUCAUAAUUAUUUCAUAAAAAUGCAAUGUACUUGUAAGCAGCCAUGUUUGUUAAUGUAUUAGCUGUUGGAACUCCGACCAUGAAGCACCUGUAACUGGUGCUUGAGAACACAGUAUAAUGUAGCAUAAAUAAAACCUAAUGAUAUAUGAUUAAUGAACAAAUCCUAACAGUAUUAUAAUGCAUGUAUUGCCUGUUUAUGCACAUGAUGUAAAUACAUUAUGUUAUGUUCUCAAGCAUCUAUUAUCUGUUCAUACACUGGUUAUGAAUGCUUCAUAGAAGGAGUUAUUCUUGUUGACGAAGUAAUGAAUCUGCUUACAACUACACUAUAAUGUGAUCACCUAUUCAUUAAUACACAGCCUGACACUAGGAGAGGCUAAAUACGUUUUUCCCUGAAUCAGACUUGAUAAAAUCCACUCAGUCUGUCCCUGUAGUGUUCUGACGGUUUCAUCUAAAAGAGCAGUGGGUUUUUAUUUUUUUUAUGAGGAAGAGGAAAUGCUGAGGUCGUCACCUGCUCCGUCUCAGCUGAACAUAACACUGUACCGACUAAAUGAAUGAGUGUGUGAAUCAUGUUUUAAUGCAGCUCGAUCAGUUGUUUGAUUUUAAUGUGCGUAUUUUGUGUGUUCUGACAACCACAUAUUUACUGUCUGCAGUCAGAUAAUCCAAUCAGACACUUAUUCAACAGUAUUACAGCCUGUUUCGUGACUGAAUUAAUGAAUAGUUGUGUCCUGAAAAUUUCAGUUUAGUUUUAAGACAGUGAAGAAGUAGAAUCAGUCCUCUUUUUCAUUUUCGUCUUCGACUUCUCUCUAAUUUCUGUAGUGGUAUGUGUCCUUCUCUCUGUCAGAUCCAGAGGGUCAAACUGAAUCAUUGUCUCCUCAGCAAUACAGAUGAUUUUGUUGAAAGCUUUGACAUAAUUUGGAAAAUACUGGGAGGUACCUUGUAUGAGUGACAAUGAGGAUCUGUGGACAGUUAAAGAUGCAGUUUGAUGUGAGAGUUCCUUUAACUUUUAUCAUGGAAAUGAAUAAAGAUGUUUUUUACAGAG